UUUUUCAAUUCUAAGGCCGAUAUAUUUAGUCUUCAAAAGCUGUCCAUGGGAAAUAACUCAUUUCCUGGAUUCUGCUUCUCUUAUGCUAGUAAAGGCCCAUGUGCUAGUAACUUGAAACAGAAAUUUUGUCUAAUAACUUGUUCAAACUUAUCCUCAAGAUUUCUAGAUUAAUGUAAUGCAUCUUGAUUCAAAAGGUUUUUGCUAGGGCAAAUUUGGGUCAAAGUUUUAUCUGAUCAAGUAAGUCUCUCAGUUUCAUGGCAAAGGAUCAGAUUACUACAAUCUUCAGGUUCCAUUAUUUCUGCUGCAUAAUUGCAGUUCUUUCUGCAUUUUCUUUCAUCUCAAUCUUUUUUUGGUGUCAUUUUUCCAGCAAUUGCUAUUCCAUAAACCAAAUAAUGAUGCAAAAUCCAAAGGAAGACAUUGACCUACUUACAUUCCCUUCUGCUUGGAAUCAUCUUUCUUUCCCUUCUGAUCCUCCUCCUAAACUUCUUAAAAUUGCCCUUUUUGUCAAGAAAUGGCCUCAUAAGUCUCAUGCAGGAGGGCUUGAAAGGCAUGCCUUGACUCUACACCUUGCCCUUGCAAAAAGGGGCCAUGAGCUGCACAUUUUCACUGCUUCUUCUCCAAAUUCCUCCUUCCCAAGAUAUCCAAUUAGCAAUUUGAUUUUUCAUCUUUCAAAGCCAACAGGUGCUGGUUAUCUGGAGCAGGCCGUCGUCUGGAAGCAAUUUCAAACUCAAAAUUCCACCAGAAUACCAUUUGAUGUGAUCCACACAGAAAGUGUUGGACUGUUGCAUACUCGAGCAAAGAACCUGACAAAUCUAGCUGUUACAUGGCAUGGGAUUGCAUAUGAAACCAUUCAUUCUGAUAUCAUUCAAGAGCUUCUGCGGACUCCUGAAGAGCAGCAGGCUUAUGUGUUGACUGAAAGAGCUAAGAAGGUUGUUGAAGAGGUGAGAUUUUUUCCAAGAUAUUCUCACCAUGUUGCUACAAGUGACCAUGCUGGGGAUGUCCUGAAAAGAAUUUACAUGAUCCCAGAAGAAAGAGUCCACAUCAUUCUUAAUGGAGUAGAUGAGGAGAUCUUCAAACCUGAUUUCUCUCAAGGAAAUGAUUUUAAAGGGAAGUUUGGCAUCUCAAAAAGUAGAUCUUUGAUUUUGGGAAUGGCUGGGAGGUUGGUAAAAGACAAAGGGCACCCUUUAAUUUUUGAAGCUUUGAAGCAAAUAUUUAUGGAAAAUGAAAAAUUCCGAGAAACUGUUAUUGUUCUUGUUGCUGGUGAUGGUCCUUGGGGUGCUAGAUACAGAGAUCUUGGGGCCAACAUAUUUGUUUUGGGUCCAUUGGAACAAGCUCAAUUAGCAAAGUUCUAUAAUGCGAUAGAUAUUUUCAUGAAUCCAACUCUCCGAGCUCAGGGACUGGAUCAUACUUUGUUAGAAGCAAUACUCACUGGGAAACCAGUAAUAGCUACAAGGCUUGCCAGCAUCACAGGGUCAGUAAUUGUCGGACCAGAAAUGGGUUACACUUUCUCUCCUACUGUUGCCUCCUUGAAAAAGGCUCUCUAUAGGGUUUGGAAUGAUGGCAGAGAGGUUUUGGAGAAGAAAGGCAAGGUUGCUAGGCAAAGAGGGUUGCAAUUGUUCACUGCCACCAAAAUGGCAGCCGCAUAUGAAAGACUGUUUCUGUGCAUAUUAAAGGAAGAAUAUUGCAAAUACCAAAAUCCGUUUAAUUAACAUUGCAAUGUUAGUUUGAUAUUCAAUUUUGUGACAGCAUGUGGUGCAAGAAUCAAUUAGAUUCUCCUUGAGGUGGUAUCUCUCAUAAGACUUGGUGAAGUCCUUUGAUCUCUAUCCCAUUGAUAGUCCUGACUGUUCAGAGACAUGAAAGAAGAGUUGUACAACACAUCUUUCUGCACUAGCAGCACCAGAUGAAGAAAUAAAGUUCCUGUUUAAGAAACUGGAAAAGAACUCAACUACUUCAUUGCCUGAAGGCUACUAUAUCCAAGGAUUUCCAGGAUGAAGUCAAAGGUAUCACUAAUCACUCCAAGUCUUGAUUUUUUAAGGUUGCUGAUAUGGAGUUAAUUUACACAUUUUAUGGAAAAUUUUCAAUCAACUUCUUUUAAUUUUGAAUUUAUGUGCUAUAAUCUCUUUCAACCAGACUUACAUGAAGGUGGCAUGGCAUGAACAUAGUGCACUUACUAUUGGCAGCCAGAUGACAGAUUAGAUCUAUAGAGUCUUGGUUAAUUUAGGAAAGAUAUGCAAGUCAAAUGCCAAACAUAGCAGAAGAAAUAGCUUUCCUGCUCACUGUCACUGCCACUGGAAGCUCUGUUAAUGUUCUAUUUCCACUUCACUGAUAUUGGAUUUAAUUUUCUUUUCCUUUGAAAGGGCAAUCCUUAUGAAUGAACAGUCCAAAAGGAUACUGCUUGUACUUUUAGUUUUUUGUUGUGUAACUUUCAUACAUAGCAAAGAGACGGCAUUUGGAUACCGAAUCUCAAGCAUUCAUAUUGACACUUAAAAAGGAAAGCCUAAAUUAUCUAUUCAUUCUCAGCCUUUCACACAUUAGGGAGGGAAAUUGAGCAUCUAAAUAUUUUCCGCUCUUCUCAGCCUAAGAAAACUUAUCCCAGAGCUAAGUCUAUGAUGUAGUGAAGGAAUUCUCAAACAUCAUUUCCAGAUAGAAUUAUGAAAAAGAUAUCAUAUUACAGAAAGGAUUUGAGAUCCCUAAUGGGCUCUGUCAAUGUCAGGAACUUAUUCGUACUUCUUGUCUUCCAUGAUUAUUUGUUUGCUAUAUGAAUUCC